CCACGGGCGCCAUGAAUCUUUUAUCAUGGAACUGCAGAGGGGUUGGUGGCUCCCUCCGCAGUUCUAAGAUGUGCCACCUGAAAAGACUAAUGGCAUCCACUAUGGCUAAGGUUGUCAUGUCGUCCGAGCUGAUGGUAUUUCUGGAGGUUUAUGGCUUUUGUGGACUGAAGAUGUUGACAUAGAAGUAGUCAAAUCUAGUCCUAACUAUAUUUUAGCUAAUGUUAGUUUUAAAUGUCCUAGGUUUGUUUUUAGAUUGGUUUGCUUAUAUGGAGACCCUUAUCAUGUAAGAACAAAUGAUAUUUGGUCUGAAGUGGUUGCUUUUGUCAAUGUAGAUAACAGCCCUCUCUUUUGUAUGGGUGAUCUAAAUGAUCUCCUUAACUCUGAUGAGAAAAUUGGUGUUGCUCAUCCUAAUUAUAAUCGUAUUUCCUCUUUGCAUACUAUUAUUAAUAAUUGUGGUCUCUUUGAUCUUGGUUAUAAUGGUCCAACUUAUACUUGGACUAACCGGAGAUUUUCUUCGAACCCCACUUUUGAAAGACUUGAUCGAUGUCUUGCAAAUGUUGCUUGGUGUAGACUUUUCCCUAACACAAACAUUUAUCAUCUCCCUCUUAUUUAUGGUGAUCAUGCUCCCAUCCUAGCCAUUCCUACCUCUAAUAGACCAAGGAAGAAAAGAAUGUUUAAGUUUGAGAAUUGGUGGCUCUAUGAAAAUGAUUUUCAAGAAGUAAGUAGGGAAGCUUGGCAGAAAUCUGCUGAUAUGCCUUUUUACAAGAGAACCAAGCAUUUAGGCUUCCAUUUGCAAAGGUGGUCCAGGAAAGGUAAGGCAUCUCUCAACAAUCAGCUAAGAAAGAUAGAAGGUGAAAUUGCUAAUCUUCCAUCGCUACCACCCAAUUCCUACGAUUAUUCCUUUGAAGAUAAACUUAUCCAUGAGCAUGCUUGUAUUCAAAACAAAAUUUCUGAAUAUUACAGACAGCGCUGCAAGAAAAGAUGGGUCACUCAAGGAGAUAGGAACACCUCCUUCUUCCACAACAGUGUCAUCAAAAGAAGAAGGAAGAACAGAAUCAGUUCAAUAAAAAACCUUGAUGGCAGUUCUGCAACCACAAAUGAUCAAAUAGCUAAAUGUUUCAUUAAUUACUUUUCAGGUUUAUUUGAAUCCAAUUUGCAGGGUAUGGAGCUUGUUGCUGAUAUUCCAGUGUCAAACAUAAUAAGGGAUGAGAAUCUUAUUGCUGCCCCAUCUAAAGAAGAAAUCCUAAAUAUUUUGAAGUCCAUGAGAAGGAAUGUUGCUCCUGGACCUGAUGGUUUAAAUGUUGUGUUCUACAGAGCAGCUUGGAGCUAGAUUGGAGAUGAUGUACAUGACCUAGUUAAAUCAUUUUACAUGACCAAGCAUCUACCGCAGGGUAUUAAGAAGACUAACAUUGUUCUUAUUCCUAAAAAGGUAACCUGCUCGACUCCAAUGGAUUAUAGACCCAUUAGCCUUUGCAAUGUCGUUUACAAAAUUAUUGCCAAAUCUCUAUCUCUUAAGUUGCAGCCUUACAUGCCAACUUGUAUUAAUUCCUCUCAAUAUGCUUUUGUUAAGGGCCGUCGGAUAACAGAAAACAUAAUUAUUGCCCAUGAAAUCGUUCAUACUUUUAAUCAAAAAAAAUGGAAUGAUUGUGCUUUCAUGCUCAAACUUGAUUUAGCAAAAGCUUUUGAUAGAUU